AUGUUUGUUAAGGAUAGGCCGUGGGUGGUGUUAGGGGAUUUUAAUUCAGCGCUUUCGUUGGAUGAUUGUUUUGCUGGGUCGUCUUCUCUCACUAUCGGUAUGAGAGAAUUUUCCCAGUGUAUUCAGCAAACGGAGUUGAUGGAUCUCAAAAGUCAUGGGAUGCAAUUUACUUGGAACCAAAAACCAAAGCAUGGUGUGGGUAUUCUAAAGAAGAUUGAUCGUGUAUUGGGCAACAUUCAGUUUUUAGAUGCUUAUCCAGAUGCCUUUGUGUUAUUUCACCCGUUCCGAGUUUCUGAUCACACGCCUCGUAUUGUUAAUUUCCAUACGAUAAAGCAUAAUAGGCCUAAACCUUUUAAAUUUGCCAAUUUCUUGGUGAAGAAAGAGGGUUUUGUGAACUGUGUUUCGGAUGAAUGGGCUAAGGAGGUGCAAGGUGUGACUAUGUUUUCGGUCGUCAAGAAGCUUUCUUUCUUGAAGUCCCCGUUGAGACGCCUUCUUUUCAAGCAAGGUAACUUGCAUGAACGAGUCAAGUUGUUGAGAACUAAGCUGGAUGAUAUUCAUAUGGCUAUUGAUGCUAAUCCCUCAGAUACGACUCUUAGAGAUUCUGAAUCUAGAUGUCUUCAAGAGUUUCAAGCCGCUUCAUAUGAUGAAGAAUGUUUCCUCAAACAGAAAGCUAAAGCGGAUUGGUUGGCUGCGGGUGAUUCGAACACUAAAUACUUCCAUAACUGUGUCAAAAUGAGAAAUGCUUGUUCGAAGAUCCAUAGCAUUCAAGAUGUGCAUGGAACCCAAUUUAUUGGUGAUAGUGUGUAUGGGGUUAUGGUCUCUCAUUAUUCGGCUUUCUUGGGUAUGGAGGAUCAGGUGGAUUCGUUACCUAGUAAUGUUGCCUUCCCUAAUGUUCUAGACCAAGUUGCGGCUAGUAAUAUGGUUCGCCAAGUAACUCGUGAGGAGGUUAAAAAUGCUAUGUUCUCUAUUGGUGAAAAUAAGGCUCCGGGUCCGGAUGGGUACACUUCGGCGUUUUUUAAAAACUCUUGGGAAAUUGUGGGGGAUGAGGACAUGCCCCAUGACUGUAGAACAAAGAAAAAACAAACAAACCCACCAAAAGGAACAAACAACUAG